GGGCGGGCCGCUUUCCUGUAAAAUAGGUAUCGCGCCGGGCCGCCGGCUGAAGUCAUUCUCUGGCAAGGAGAUCCCGACACGCGCCCGACCCAGGUUGCACCAAUAGCAGGAGCAGCAGCAGCAGAAGAAACUGCCCUUUGCAAACAGGAGCAGCGCGCCGCCGGCGCCGCCCCAGCAGGCAAAAGGGAAGUACCGCGGACCGCUCCCCAUCUAUAGCAGCGCCCGGCCCUCGGAGGCGGGACGGGGCUUCCCCCCCUGCAAGGCUGCGAGGCGGGAAGGAAACCCGGCGCUCCGCUUUCUCGCUCCCUCCCUCCUCGCGCUCUCCAAAGUGCCCGUAGCCCACAGCGCGAGCGGAGCUCCCGGGCCUAGCAAGGCUCCCAUUCCCGGCUGGCCAGGAAGAAAGGCGGAGAAGGCAGCUCCCACAGCAGCAGCGGCGGCGGCGGCGACAUGGGCUCCCCCACGGACACCCACGAGAUGAAUGGGCUGACCGCGGAGAACGGCGACGCGACGCCGCCCGAGCAACCUCGAACACAAUGGCUGCAGAGAAACAGACAAAUUAACAUCAACCAUUAUGCCAAUAAGAAGAGUGCGGCAGAAAGUAUGUUGGACAUUGCUUUGCUUAUGGCGAAUGCAUCCCAGCUCAAAGCAGUUGUGGACCAAGGACCUACCUUUUCAGCCUACGUUCCACUUGUUGUCCUCAUCGGCAUCUCGCUCUCACUUCAGAUCAUAGUAGGCGUGCUUCUAAUAUUCCUUGUCAAAUAUGACCUUAAUAAUCCUGCAAAACAUGGCAAGCUGGAUUUCCUCAAUAAUCUGACAACUGGACUGGUGUUUAUUAUAGUGGUUGUGAAUAUCUUCAUUACAGCCUUUGGAGUUCAGAAGCCAAUGGACUCAAAAGUAUAGGUCAAAGAAGAGACCCAAGAUCUUAAAUGUUGGGAGAUAAAUGUUAUGAACUUGAGCCAGUAUCUCUUAAAUGGAAAACAUGAAGAACCUGAAGCAAUUCAAAAAAGCAUUAUUCUCUUUCAAUUGAACUGUUUCUCCAGGAACUGUUAUCCCAUGCCUCCAAUGGCAGCUCAGAAUUCCUUGCUCUCUGUGCCUUAUAUGUUGAACAGAGAAAGAGGUGAUUUCUACACUUGAAAGUAUGGGCUUCACAGGAGUAGAAAGACAGCUGAAAAUUCUGCACUAAAAGAAAGCUAGUUCAUCUUGCAAAACUCAACUUUCUGAUCCCAAUAUUUAACACAAAUGAACUAAUUUUUGUAAUUUUUUCUUUACAUAAUUCUAGCCGUAAAAUGUCUCGUAUUUGGAGCUUUUUCUCUUCUGCAAAGGCCACUAUACCUCAUGCUCCUUCAAAACCCAAGUGUUCCAAGAAACAAGGCUUCAGCCUCCCAGUUCUUUUUAGAAAUAAUUUUCUGUACUUCUUUCUGAGUCCUUACAGAAGUGUUGGCGUAAACUCUACUGCUUUGAGAGCAGUAUCUUAAAAUGCAGUCCGUAGCAUACACUUCUCAGUGCAAUCCCAGCUUAUGAUCAGUCAUUUAACAGUGUUGAUAGAUAAUAGUAGCAUGAUACUUAGCUGAUCACAACUCUAAAGAGAUAUCCCCAGCCAUCCUCCAGAUUUACUCUAAGGACUGCACACAUCACAUUUAUAAAGACAUGUAUGAGAGGGAAAUGUGUACCCUAGUGCUCUGUUGGAUGUGAAGAUGGCACAUAGUUGUAGACUCAUGCUCACUAUGGACAUGGCUUUGUGUGUUUUUUACAGCAAUGUGGGGGAGAUAUUUAUUUGGAUUUAUAGUUUAUCAGACUUGAGGGCUCAGGUGGCCACUAGUUUCAGUUCUGUAAAAGAAUGACAAUAAAAACAAAUGAUAUAAGGAGAUCCAGAAGGAGAGAAAAUUCCAGAAGGAGAGAAAAUUCCCAAACCCUCUCUAAACAUAUACAAAUAUCUAUGUGAAAUAACCCUAAUUGGGGAGGAGAAAAGGCUAAAGAGUAAGACCUGUACAAAUCCAAAGUGGUCCCAAAGGCAGUUGGAUGGUGUCUUGUAUGCCCCCUUCUGGCGACUCCUGCAGCCAAGCUGGUGCCAAAUGUAUUGCUCUGCUUUGGGCCACAUCAGCAAGGCCAAGAGGGGGGUCUUGUUGUCUGGGCAGCACAGGCCCUCCAUGCAAACAGCCUGGAUUUGCACCCCAUAGAGGUUUCCUUUCAGUUCUUUAUUAUAAUAACCAAAAAGUUGCCGAUCCAGACUGUGAUUCUAACAAUGUCGACUCAUUGAAGGCUUAUUGAAUUCAAUGGGGCUUACUCCCAGGUAAGUGGAGUUAGGAUUGCAGCAUUAUUCAACAUUAACUCUCCACUGAAAGGUCCUCUGUCUUUUGAUAGCACUUCUCAUAUGAUCCUUGUUGUAUGACGAUUUUUGCAGAGGAUUCUUAGAAGAAAGUCUUAAAGCUUUCCUUAUUUUUAGUACUUCAGGGGAGAAAGGCCAGAGACUUUUCAUUCCCAGACUCUGUAUUAAAGAGGCUCUGUUCAGACCUCUUUGAUUCUGCAGUGAUGUACUUGAGACAUCUACUUUUACUUGAGUUAACUCUCAGGUUCACUCUACAAAAGCCAUGGUGCAUUUAUUCCAAACUUCCAAAGGUAACUCUCAAAUUGUAAGCAAAGGUCAGUAGGAAAAGACAGUUAUGCAUGCUUACCCAUCAAAAUGGUCUGUAGGGCUUCUAACUCUGCUGGACUAUCACUAUUUUUUUUUAAUGUAAUGUGAUUUCUUAUUUUCAGUGCCUUCUUGGGUUCUGCAUGAACACAAGAAACAAAACUAUUCUUGAAUAUAUACUGUUGCUGGCAAUUGUAUGCAUCACACAUAUUUUCUAUAAGAAAAUAUACUCAAUAUUUUUCUUAAUGUACUGUAUGUUAGAACCUGCUCCUAAGAUAUAGCUAUGUAAUUAUUGUAUUCCAUUAUUGUUUUCAUUUAUUAUAUGUAUAAAUAUUUAAAUGUACAUAGAACUUAAGGUAAUUAGUCAGAAAGUGUGGCAUUUUCAUUUACCAUUUCAGUUGCUAUUUUCCCGCACUGAUUGUAAGAAUAGCAGAUUAUUAGGGACUAAUUUUUGGAGUAAUAUUCCAUGGUAGGCAUCCUCAGAGUAGACCCACUGAAAUUUGUAUACUUACUUAAGUUUAUUGAUUUCACUGUGUCUACUUUGAGGAAGACUGAAGUUGGCUAUCACCAAAAGAAUUAUUAUUAUUUUUCUGUUUUGCCAGUAGGAAAAUAGAGAAUAAGAAGAGCACAGAUGUCUCUUGAGACAUGAGGUGGUUCUUUUUCAGUAAAAAUGGUUGGAUUUUUCUAAAACUGUAUGUUAGUGAGAAGAAGAAUGUGUCGUAAGACAUGCAAUGUACAGUUUCUUCUUGUUAGAAUAUAAAUGUUCCAUAAAGGGCUGCAGAAUUAAGGAGUGGUUUGGCUAACAUGUAUUGUGCUUUCUCAUCCAUUUCAGCUGCUUAAAUAAUGCAGCACAAUAUUCAACCCUUGGGGCGCAGUGAAUGGUGCAAUAAAAUAAAAUUUCUCAUUUAUAGAAGAAGUGCAAUGCUUUUUUAUGAUCUCUAGAGGUAGUGCAGGUUUUUUGUGUGAACUUUUUCAAGAACAGAACGUAUAGCACUGAUUUUACAGAUUUUUAAAGAAAGCUUUAGAAAUAUAGUUACUUAAACUUUUGUGGCAUUAAGGAUGCAAUCUUAAAGAAUACUUACUUGGAAGAAACUUUUAAACAGAUAUGCUUAGGAUCUGCCUUUAUCAUCCAUGCUCCUGGUUGCUUGCAAUUAAUGUGGAAUGGAGUGCAUUUAUUCCCGUAAGUUUAAACAUGCUUUUUUACUCAAUAUUGUGUUAAGGCUGUAAGUCCUGUACUGUACACAUUCACCUGGAAGAAAGGACUAUUAAACUCAAUGGGACUUUCUUCUGAGUAGACAUAUAGAGCACUGUACAGCAUAAAACAUACAUACAAUUUUUUAAAUGGGAGAAGUGUGCAGGGAAGGAAGGAGAAUAGAAUGCUAAUGACUUCCAAGCCAUAGAGGACCAGAUUUUUCUAUCCUGAGUGCCUCAUCCCAAAGCUGGAGGCAGGAACUGAAAUGCUUCCGAUCCUUCUUCUCAGGUUGGGAUCUUUAUUUUUUUACUGCCGCUGAAACAUGUUUUCCAGUGAUGAAGAUGAAUUUUCUUUCUCUGAUAAAUAAAGCAUUUUUUUCAUUGUGUA